CCAGGCAUCAGCUGGGCCGCACGUGCUGUAAACAUAGCUCAUAGUGGCCAACUGUUUCUUACCAAAUUUUUACCUAUUUUACUCCACCGUAUUAAGGAAUUUAUCACAAGAUGGGGAAGACAAUCAAAAGAGCCAAGAAGAAGGAGGGCUUCGUCAAGUCCACCAACUCCAUGAACCCUGACCGACCACGGGACAAGGUUGAACUUCGUGGUGCUCCUUAUGCCAGGGACAAAUCAACCAUUAAGCGACUGCAGAUGUACCGUUCUGGGAAACCUAAGCGUAACAAACAUGGCAAGAUUAUAAAGGCUGCAAUAUUUCAGAACAGAGUUAGUCCAGGUACCCAGGCACGUGUUGAACCUAACCAGCGUUGGUUUGGAAACACCAAGGUGAUUGGCCAGAAAGCUCUACAAACCUUUCAAGAAGAAAUGGGUAAAGUCAUGAAGGACCCAUAUCAGGUUGUAAUGAGGAAAACGACACUACCCAUCUCCCUGCUUAAUGAAACGGCUAAGAAUGCCCGCGUCCACAUCCUGGAUACUGAGCCGUAUGUUUGUGUGUUUGGUAAGAAAAAGACGAGAAAGAAGCCAAAUUUCAAGAUUGAAGACUUUACUCAGUAUGCUAAAUCAGCUGAGGAAGCUUUUGGUCAAUAUGAAUCUGAAAAAGAUAAAGAUCUUGUUCGUGAUGAUCCUGACACACAAGAGCUCCCACCUGAGUGGUUCCUGAAGGCUGGACAGAGCAAGCGUAUCUGGAAUGAGCUUUACAAAGUAAUAGAUUCCUCGGAUGUAGUACUGCAGGUUCUUGAUGCCAGAGACCCUAUGGGAACACGGUCCAAACUGAUUGAGAAAUAUAUGCGUACUGAAACACCUCAUAAGCAUCUUAUAUUUGUUUUAAAUAAGGUUGAUUUAGUGCCUGUAUGGGUGACACAGAAGUGGGUGGCCAUCUUAAGUGCUGAGUAUCCAAGUCUUGCUUUCCAUUCCUCUAUCACCAAUCCUUAUGGCAAAGGUGCCUUGAUCAACCUCCUACGCCAGUUUGGAAAAUUACACGGAGAUAAGAAACAAAUCAGCGUUGGUCUCAUUGGGUUUCCAAAUGUUGGCAAGAGCUCAAUAAUCAACACAUUGAAAGCCAAAAAGGUUUGUAAUGUUGCUCCACUUGCUGGUGAAACUAAAGUGUGGCAGUACAUCACCCUGAUGAGGAAGAUAUACCUUGUGGACUGUCCCGGUGUUGUGCCGCCUUCACACGAAACUGCAACAGACAUGGUCUUGAAGGGAGCUGUAAGAACGGAGUACCUCAAAACCCCUACAGAUUAUAUUGCUCCAGUUUUAGAGAGGGUGAAGCAAGAGUACAUGAGUAAGACAUAUAAGGUAGAUGACUGGAACACCCCGGAAGAAUUUAUGGAAAAGGUUGCAAGGCGUACUGGUAAACUUCUAAAAGGAGGAGAGCCCGAUUUAAACACAGUUGCCAAGAUGAUGCUGAAUGAUUGGCAGCGAGGCAAGAUCCCAUAUUUUGUUCCUCCUCCUGGACACGACUCCUCAGACUUUAAUAAACUGAAGAUUGAAGAGAAUAAAGAAAUGGCUGAAAAAAUUAAGGAAAAGGAGGAGGAAGAGGAAGAAGAAGAAAAACAGAAGAUUGAAGGUUACAAAAAUAAUCUGCCGGUAGUACUACAGAAUUUCAGUAAAAUUACUAUGAGUUUGGAGUAUUCUGGAGAUGAUGUUAGACCCCUUGAAACAUCUGAGCACGUUCCUCAAGAUUACGAUGAAGAAAUUGAGGAGGAGAAUGAAAAUGACAGUAUGGUGGAAGAAGAAAAUAACAGUACACCUGACACUGAAAAUAAAAAGCGUAUCACCAAAGACAGUGAGGAAGUAACUGGUAGUAAUGAAUCAACAGACAUUGAUAAGAAUGGAGUAAGUCAAGAUAUGGCUUGUGGGGAAGUGACAACUUGCUCCACAGAACCAACGGACUCUGACAAGAAUAAAGAAAAGCUGACAGAUGAAGAGGAGAUGAUUGGUGAAGAGUUGUUGUCAAGUGACGAUGAGGUUAAAACAGCAGCUGGUUCAUUUGUUGUUUCAAGUAUGAGAAAGAUUAGGAGAAAACGUAAACAUCAACCUGAAGAUGAGCAGACAAAACCAUUAACUUCGAAACAAAGGAGAAGGAUUGAAAGGGAGCAAAAGAAGAAGAAAAUAGGUAGCGAUUUCUAUGAGGUUACUAACGUGAAAAACAGAAACCGCAAUAAGGUUAGUCCUGGCUCUUUGGCAGCAGGAGUGAGAGGACAACUUAAGAAAACAAAGAAAAAAAAGUAAGUUAUCUUGGCGUGUAGUUGUAAAAUUUUAUUCAUAGUAAAAUUCUGUUGUAAGAC